UUCAUUCAGCGUUGCAUGUGUAUAAUAGAUAACUCAUAUUAUACUUCUGGGUCACUUUGUUAAUGAAGCGAUAGAAGAAUGACGUGAAAUUACAGUAUUUUAAAUUUUUGGAAAUCUCUAGAAUAAUUUCCAGCAGAUAACAAAUAUUUAGGAACAAUCGAUAUUCAUCAACGUGACGUGACUUGGAAGGUUUUGAAAUAGUAUAUGUAACAAUGGCAGUUCAAGUAGUAAAUGGGUGUAAACGGUUUUCCUUAAAAAGUCCUCCAAUCCUGAACAAUCUAAAUUUGUCUGUGCAACAAGGAUCCAUUUAUGGACUAUUAGGCGCAAGUGGUUGCGGAAAGACGACAUUAUUAUCAUGCAUUGUUGGGCUAAAAAAGUUGGAUUCAGGAGAAAUAUCGGUUUUGGGUGGUAGACCAGAACCUGGCUCAUUGUUGGGUUAUAUGCCUCAGGACAUAGCCCUGAUCAGUAUUUUCACAAUAAAAGAAAUGCUUACAUACUUUGGACGAAUUUAUGGCAUGACUUAUGCCAGUAUAGCAGAGCGAAUACAAUUCUUGACGGAAUUUCUCGAGCUUCCCGAUACAUCUAAACUCAUUGCAAAUUUAAGUGGGGGGCAACUAAGGCGUGUCAGCUUUUCCGUCGCCCUUAUCCAUAAUCCUCCACUGAUAGUGCUGGACGAGCCCACUGUUGGACUAGAUCCAGUUUUAAGACAAAGUAUCUGGGAACAUUUAGGAGCAUUAGUAGCAUGCGAGAAAACCAGUAUCAUCGUUAGUACGCACUAUAUUGAUGAAGCAAAAUUUUGUGACACGGUUGGAAUUCUUAGAAAAGGUGCCCUUUUAGCUGAAGAUUCGCCACAAUCUUUACUAGCACUCCAUCAUUCUAGUUCUUUGGAGAAAGUGGUGUUGCAAUUAUGUCACGAUGCUGCUGCAAGGAGACUUUCCAAUCUAAAAAAUAACAAUUAUUCAAACAAGAAUGAACGUUUGACGACGGAACACUUCACUUUCAUCGGAGUAGAGUUAACACGAGUAAGAAAGCUGUCGAAUGGGAAUUUUGGAGGAGAUGACGUAUUAGAUGUGAAGAAGAUGAACAAUGGGAAACUUCAGAUUAUUAGAAAAAUGGAGCAGUCCGGUUGGAAAAAAGAUCUCAGGAUUGUGGGAGCAUUAAUGAGCAAAACGCUACUGAGACAGAUUAGACAUCCUGCUGCAAUUUUUGUCCAACUUCUCCUCCCCCUUUUGGAAAUCCUGGCAUAUGAAAAUAUAGUUGGACUUGAGCCUAAAGGUGCCAUAAUGGGAGUCGUGAGCAGUGACUGGAACGAAAUUCGUGGUACUCAUAGGGUCAACACUACCACGAUGAAUGAAUUUCUGAGAUAUUGUUCAACCCUGUAUGGUGAGGGGAGCUGUCUUCUAAAUGCGGGUGACGAUGGGAUGUCUUCCAUUUGUGGUUUCCUGAAUGAGUUUGAAAAAGAUGAGAUCCGUUGGACUUACAAAUAUUCAACGAACGAAGCCUUGAAAUCGAUUCAUGGUGGAAAAGCGAUGGGAUUUAUCGAAUUCCCUGCAAACUUUUCAGGUCAUUUAAGAGAUCGUAUAUUGGAAAAAAACUACAUAGGGAAUGGAACGUUGCUUGGUUCCAAAAUCAAUAUUCGGAUGGAUGAAUCCAAUGUUCUUACACGAGACUGGGUCCAUGCGACGAUUAUGAAAAAGUAUCAAGCAUAUCUGGAAAAAUCGGUCAUUAAAUGUGACGCAGAUCCGAGAACUGUUCAACUGCCGCUGAAUCAUCACGCCAUUUACGGAAAAUAUGAUGGAGAAUGGACCUUGUUCCUUCAACCGGGUUUAAUAAUAUUAUACAUGUUUAUCCUGGCGAACUUGCCGUCUGUAAUAUUCGUAAUGGAAAAACGAGAGGGUGUCGCAGAUCGGGGUGCCGUAACAGGAAUAAAAUUUGGUCAUAUCGUGGUCGCCUCUUUUGUAUCAGAUUCGUUCAUGAUUGUGGGACAGAUUGCCGUCUUUUUUAUUGUUCUUCCGGGAUUUUAUGGGAUGAAGGUGGAAGGAUCAUGGGUGCUUGCAGUGGGAUUGGUUUACUUGACUGCCUUAUCUGGACUGGCAUGUGGUUUGUGGUGGGCAACAAUGGUUCACCAUGAAAUGGAACUCAUUCUUGUCCUAUUGUUUGUCAACAUUACAAACCUCAUAUCAACCGGAAACAUGUGGCCGUUGGAAUCAGUGAGCUCGAUAUAUCGAAUAUUUUGUUGGAGUUUGCCAGCGUCCAUUCCAAUGCAGGCACUGAGAUCAAUAAUGUUCAAAGGUUGGGGGCUGAACCAUCCUCAAGUUUAUCAAGGAUUUUUGGUAGCAAUCUUUUGGAUUGUGAUCCCUAUUCUACUCAGUUUUUUAUUUGUUAGAUUAAGAAAAUGACGAAUAAAUAAUUUUCGCAACAGA